CGCUAGACAUUAAUUGUGGUGAACUGGUGAUCGAAUGAAGUUGAUUACAAUUUUCCUUAUCACUAAUUUAUUAUACCUACAUUUCAAAUUCCACGUUCUGAAAUUUAAGCCAAAGAAGCUCUGAUUAAAUGAUCUUUCAACUUGAAAAUUUUCUUUUGUUUUUAUUUCAACUUGAUGACUUCGGUUUAGCGAAAAAACGAACGAUUCUUCAAUGGUAAAAAGAAUUGAUUAAUGUAGAAAAAGAUCCUCUUUAAAAGCAGGUUCGUAUUUCGUAUCAAACAAUGACAAACGCAGUAUAACUUAAUGCAUACAUUAGGACACGUUGGUAAACAACGGGAUGUUAUUAUAACAGCCAACGAGAGAGUAGUGGACCAUAGCCGGCAACCGGACUUUCACCUCCAGCAGCGUGCAUCGGUUGGUAUGUCUCGGCGUUCGUUCAUACCUACAGUCGAUAAAAUGAAGCUUCUCGACGAAGUUGGUGUGCGCGAUACCGCCGCUAAAUCCCGUGUUCGCGUGAGUAAUGUAUCGAGAACCGAAUGUGCCCGUGAAAAUUACGUGAAACACGUUAUAGAAAUGAAUGAAGAGAAGUGUUUCGAUAAAUUUCGGUUAGCUAUUAACAAGUUCUCGCCCAAUUCCAAAGUGAAAAUCCGGUCACUGUCGCCAGCUACCAAAAAAACCACCGAAGAUGAUAACACGUCAGAUUCGAGCGAAGAACUGCAAUACGGGCCAGGUAUAGUCAAUAAGCUAAAAACUAAAUAUCUCAGUAUGACUUUAAGAGAGAAUCAGAAAAAAGGCGUUCGACCAUCGUUAUCGAGCAUGAGAAAAGCAACGAGUUUAGAUAAUUUGCUGGACGAUGACCUCAUGAACGCUGCGGAGAAAUCUUAUCAAAUUAGUUCGGUUAUUAGUUGCGUUAACAAACUCGAAUAUUCUGGCAAAGAAACCACCAAUUGUGUAACUUUGAAUUUUUCCACCGAUUUGAAACGAGCCCGAUCUAUGGAAACGUUACACGAUGAUCUAGCGAAAGAACCAGAAUCACCCAAAGUCAGAUCCGUAGUUGUUAGCAAAACCAAAGUUACGAAUCACUUUAAACCUUCGACUAAACCUUACAACAACGGAUUGAAUUUAUUACCACUGGAUUCUAUCGUAAACGAAGAUAUAAUCAUUGUAGAGAAUACGAUCACCGAAGUGAAAAACGAAGACAGAAAGAGACUUACUUCGGAAAAUAAAGAAUUACCUCCGCCUGACGUGGUGAAAGAGACUCUUAAAAUCUUCGAAAACUGUCAAAAGAAAUCCAGCGUUGCUAAAAGUUGGAAUACUUCGAAGUACAAUUCUUCGCCACGAUCUCCAGAAGUAAGCUCAAAACCUUGUAAAACAGAGAACAAAAUACAAAAUUGCGGCAAGCCAGUGCUGUAUCCGAAACCUGUCAUUAGCUCUGUAGAUUCGAAAUUAAAAAGAUUUAGUCCUAGAAAAUCAUUAGUCGAAACGAAUACGAAUGGCAAAAGCAAUCAGAUAACCGAACCUGAUAAUAAAAACAUCGAUAUACGAAAUGGUUCUGUUCAAAAUGGGUUUUCUGAGAUGAAAAAACCGAAUGUUAAAAAUACCUAUAAUACGAAAGUAAACGAUAAUAAUGAUAUCGAUACACGUUCCUCUUCUCCAAUAUCUGUGUUAAAGAUUAACUUUCAAACUAAUAAAUCAUCCGAACACAGGGCUUCUUCGCCGCCUAAUAUUAUUCAUUUUAAAGUCGAAAAUAACUGUUCUUCGCCCAACGGUACUGUUUCAAAAACCGAAAAAUCUCGAUCAGUGCUGAACAACGUUGAUACAAAAUUCGAAAAAAGUAGUUCGUUUAAUCACACGAAUUCAAAAAUUGAACAAACUAAUUUUGAAGUGAGUCUUGCCAGUACAAACAACACUCAGAAUCAUUCCAGCCCGAGUCCUGUUACUGAACUUUUCAACGGUAAUCACCCGAAUACGAAUUCUAUCAAGAAACCAUCCGAGAAGAUUGUAGAAAAUGAUAUUCCACCAGUGAAGAAUCAUACAAGUAGUAUAGAAAACGAUGCUGCUGCUGUGGAUGAAAGCAAUAUUCGAAAUCAUACAACGACCAACGACGUUGAUAAUAAAUUCAAACACGAUAUAUUAAAGCCAUCCGAUGGGUUACCAGUAAGACAAGUAGGAAUCAUUAGGCCAUUGGUGUCAACAAAGGUUAAUAAUGUCCAACCGGCGUUAACACCGCAAGAAAUAGAAAAGAAUUAUAUAAAUACGAAGAAAUCGUUGGAUUUAUUAGAAAAAAGUAACGUACUCGUCGUAGAAAAAGAAGAAACCGAUUCGUCGUUGCAAAAUACUACCUCCAUAUAUUCCAAGGAACAAUCGGCUAAUUCCAAUAACUCACCAAACGGUGUUAAUAAACCUUCGACUUUAUGGUUUAAUAAACCAUGGAACCAGCAGCAAAAUACCAUGGUAUUCAAUUUCAAAGAUAGAAAAGAAGUGCCAGAUUACAUCGAGAACGAUGGUUUAUUACUGACUACGAAUCGAGAUCGAGCUAAGAAAAUAUUGCAAGAAAGCGGAGGUACCGGUUAUAUCAUCUUAGGAGUUGAUAAUGGUUUGGAUAAUUCGAUAAACGAGUCCUCCACCGAUGCCCCAACUAUCUCGUGUAGAGAAGAAUGGCAACUUAUAUCUGGCCCUCCGUCACCGUGUAAUGUUCAUUUCGAAGGCGAUAAUGUUGUGAUAAAUGGAAAGUCGAAUUUACGGAAGCAUCCCAGAGAGAAGAAGUUACGUAUCCAGUUCAACGAUACCUCAACAACGUUCGAAUACCCAUCAGAAGCUUCUCUAUUAGAGGAAGAUCUGUCUAGUUUGACAAAUGGUAAUGAAGCAUCAAUGUUCUCAAAUGAUUUGAAUAUCGUUCCUAGUAACACGUCGAGUGUUUCACCUAAUUUAAGUGGCAGUAGUUUGGCUAGCUAUGUACCUAGUAAGCUUAGCAUGGGCGAAUGUUUCGAACUGGGCGUCACCAGAAGUAAUGGCAUAAUCACCAAUGUUGUAAAUUUUCGUGCCGCUGAUAAAAUCGUAGAAAAUAGCCGCAACACAAUACAACAAAACGAAAAUUCACUCGAUUACCUGAAACCAGCCUCCGAAAAUGAGAACAUAGCGUGGAGCGAAGAAUCCAUACCUGAUCUUUUAUUUUAAACUCAAAUCUCGAAUCCAGUUUCACGAUUCACUUAUAUUAUUCAGAUAUGAUGAGAUCGUGUUCAAACGAUGAGCAUGAUUUACCCGUGUUAUUUUUGAAGAAUAAAUUAAAUGAAAACGUGAAUAUUAUAUUCUUAUACGUAUGUUUAUUGUUAUAGUGAAAAGUGAACUGUUAUUCGUAAAUUUUUCAUACAAUUUAUUCUUCUUUUUUAGUCUCAAAAUUUUCAUCUUUCAUCGUUGAAAUUUUUUCCCUUUUUUAUAUUAUCUUGUGUACUGUAGAUUACGAGUCGUAGAGUUAAAUUUUUAUAAGUAAAUUAUAUUAUUAUAUUGUUCCUUUUUUUUCGUUUUGUUUGUUGCGCUUGUUAUUACUAUAAGUUUGUGCAAUAAUUUGUUGCUUCGAUUUUGAAACUUAUUUAUUUUAUGCUGUUUGUUCGAUUAUGGUAUGUAAAAUGAUGUUCUGUGUUUUUAACAAUUUUAUAUUGCCUAUUUUUUGAAAAAUAUUUCGAUCGAUUUUUUUUAUUUAUUUUUUAAAUACCUAGAUACGUUUUUGGUUGAAAUCUGCUCAAAUUUUUCAUCAUUCCGAAAAUUUCGCCUGUAGACGGUAAUUAACACUGCUCAUAUCGUUGUGUUCAAUUUUUGUAUGUAUUUUUUAAAACAAUUUUACUCUUGUAAAAUAAAUUUCCUGCAUGAUAACGUUA